AUGGCAACCACGAAUCUCCAGCCUGAUACUAUGAAAUCUGUAUAUCCCACCAUCGAUGCCUCGACUACCUUGCAGCAAAGCGCUAAGGGCAAGGUAGUGAUGAUUACCGGAGCUGGCCGUGGUAUCGGACAAGCCAUUGCAAUCGCGUUUGCCCAGGCCUCGGCAGCUAAACUUAUCCUGACCGCCCUUGAGGAGUCAGAGCUGGAAGAGAGUCGACAGAAAGUCCAGGAGAUCAAACCGGACAUCCAAGUGUUCUCGCGCGCGCUUGACGUCCGAAGCAACGCGGAUGUGGACACCUUCGUCUCAGAAGCCGCUGCUUGGGCCGGGAAUCGCAUCGAUGUUCUCUGUUGCAAUGCCGGCAUAAGCCCGCCCCUAGUGCCCAUCGCGAGUGGCGAUCCUGAUCGAUGGUGGAUGGGCCUUGAGGUCAACCUCAAGGGCGUCUACCUCUUUUCGCGCCACGUCUUGCCUAUCAUGCUGGCCCAGCGGGCCGGCCAGAUUAUCAUCACGGCGUCUCGGGCAGCGACACGUGCAGACGACAAGAUGUCCAGCUACCAGAUAUCUAAGCUGGCUGCCACGCGCCUCUGCGAAUGCAUCCACAAGGAGAACCACGAAAUGGGCAUUCGAUGUUUUGCCACCCACCCGGGGGGUAUUGUCACGCGCUUGCUGACAGACUUGGAGACCAAAGAGACCGAACCGUGGGCGCCCGAGGCAGUCAAGAUGAUCCGGCCCAACUUGCGCGAGGAGAUGUCCCUACCAGGUAACUCGUGUGUGCUUCUCGCAUCAGGGCAGGUGGACUUUCUGAGCGGGAGAUAUGUAGACAUGACGAUAAGUUUCGACGAUCUUAUACGAGAGAAGGAGGCAAUUGAGGACCAUGACCUGUUCAAAAUCGGGGUUGGGCUUAAUUGGUUGUCGUCGGGGGGUGUUGUCCCAUUCUAG